AUGCAAAAACAUCCUCGCUAUUCGUCAACUGUGAUACCAUCUUCGAUAUGGUCAGAUUCUGAGCAUAAUAAUGGAAAUCAAUCCUCAUCUUUAAUCAUUCCUGAUGAUAUACUUGAUACAGUUGAAGCUCGUCUUCGUUUUGAAUCUUAUAUAAAUAAUCGUCAAUUAGAACAAACUCGUCGUGCAAAUUGUCGUUCAUUUUUUGAUUUAUUAAAUCGUUUUUCUGAUGCUGGUCUUGUUCAAUAUGGUCAUUCUUAUGAAAAAGAUUGUGUCUAUUUUUUGGGUCGUGAAUGUUAUGAAUCAUUAAAUGCUCAAGAUCGUUUACGUGCAUUUGCAUUUCAUCAAUCAUAUCUUUAUCGUUUAUUAUGUUUAAAACUUGUUGAAUUAUUAUUGGAAUCAUUUGAAAUAUUUAUUCAUACAUUUCAAAAAAUGAAUUCAGCAACAACAAACAAAUUAAAUAAUGAUAGAAAAAUUACGACUCUUACUAUUGAUGAUAUAUUUGAAAAAGAAAUAAUUCAGCAAAUAAAACAUGAUCCAAGAUACCAAGCAUUAAAUAAUCGUGAAACAGAUCGUCAUAGAUUAAUUAUGUGUCAUUGUCAUUUUUUAUAUGAUUGUAUUUAUUAUUCACCAACACGAAAUCUAAAUCGAUUAUUAAAACAACGUAAACGUUCAUUUAGACGACGAAAAUCUUCAUUACAAUCAUUAUAUAGUCAUAAUAUAAAUAUUGAUGAAAAUUUUUGUCCAUAUACAAGAAGAUUCUCAUCAAAUACAAAUGAAAAUGAAGGAAUAAAUAAGAAAAAAUUUGAAAUUGGUUGUCCAAUGGAAGAAACAUGUGCUGAUGUACGAAUUAUGAAUGAAUUUUUUUCUUUAAUGCCUUUGAAAAAAAAUAUUAAUAAAAAUAUUUUAAUUUGUGGAAACGAGAAUGAUAUGUAUGAUUGUCUUCGAUUACUUUCCAAUGAUAAAUCAUUGAUCAAUGAAUUACAAAUUAAUUUAUGGACAUUGAAUAAUAUUAAAACACAAUCAAUUAAUGGUUGUCUUAUUGUUUCACCAGCAGGUCGAGAGAUUCUUGAGGAAUUUAUUUCUCAAAAACGAUUCCCUCUUAGUAUUAAUACUAUUCCAAUUGUGAAUUUAAAUUUUCCAAUUCCUAAUGAUUCCACUAAUAACAUUCCAAAUGAGAUAACGAUCGAACAACUUAGAUCAUCACUUGAACAACUUUUAUCGAAUGAAAAAAUAGUUUCAAAUAAAAAUCAAUUUGAUCUUCGAAUUUUAAUUUGUUUUAUGUGUGGUGGAGAAAAUAAUGAUGUAGAAAAGUUUUUUUCUCAAUUAUCAUCACGUUUUUCUCUUAUGGUAACUAAUCAAUAUGGAGAAUUAUCAUUUAUUAUUAAUGCUUUUCUUGGACGAUCAAAUCGAAAAAUUCAAUUUAUUCCUGUUUCAUUUCAUUCACUAUUUACUAUUAAACUAAUUGAUUUUGAUGGAUUUAUUUUAUUCUAUGAUCAAGAUAGAAAAGCAGCUAUGAAUACAAUAACAUACUUGGAAAAACAUAUUUCAACAACAUUACAAAAUGAUUUAUUAAAAAAAGCUGAUGAUAAUGAAGAAAUGGAUGGAACAAAAAUAACACGUCCGCCUAUAUACAUUUUAUCUUGUAUUAAAGAUUUAGCUUUGUUGAAUAUUAAAAAAUAUCCUCAGACCCAUCCUAGUGUUCAAUCUCAUCAUGGAACAAUAAGAAGUUUUGUUGAAUCUCAUCUUUUACCUUUUCUUAAUCAUUGUUGGACUGGUAAACAUGGAAAUAUAACUGAUAAUGAUUAUCAUCAAAAGGAAAAACUUCUUGCUGGUGUUACGUCGUAUUUUGAUCGUGCAACUCAUUCAUCAGCUAGCGAUCUAAUGACAUCUAGUCUUGAACGUACGCGUAAACAAUUAUUAACGAAUAGUAUAAAUGAUCGAGUAGGUUCAUUAUUAUUAUCAAGUAAAUCUAACGAACAUUCACCACAACAUCAAUCCUCAAUGUUAACACCAACAAAUCAUGAGCAAAUAUUUUCUUAUCGAUCUUACCCAUAUUUAUCGUUACCAAAUAAUGGUGCUGAAUCAACAAUAGUUCCAACAACACCUGUUGAUCCAUCUGUAACAAAUCUUGGUUUAAUAUCUCCAUCAUCAAUAUCAACAUCAUCUAUAUCUGAUAUUCAACGUCAACAAUUUAAAAAAUCAACUAGUAUGCGUUUUGCUAAACUUAUGGAGCAUCCAACCGAUGGUACCAGUUACCAAUCAUCACCCAGUAAUGCAAAUAAAGAAAGUUCAUUAACAAAACAUAGGCGAAUAAACGAAAUCUCGUCAGGAUUAUCAUCAUCAGAAGACAUGAAAUUUCAUUUAUAUAAACAUCGCACUGCUCCACAAGUUAAAGUGCCAUUGGCUACACCUGAAAUAAUUGAAUUCAAUGAAUCAAUAGCAACACCUUUUUCUAUUAAACAAUAUUCUGAUACAUCAUUAGUUUUCACAAAUAAUCAUACUGAUGAAAUACCGGUCGUCAAUUCUUCAUCAUCAUCACCGCCUACAAUCCAUCAACAAAAUCAAAAUCAUAGUAGUACAAUAGAUGAAUCGAUUACAGAUUCAUCAAAACAAACAAGAGCAACUGAUUCAUCUGUUGACAGUUCAAGUGAUGAACAUUUACAAAAUCAACGUGAAUCAUCCACAACAUUACAUAAUAUAAAUUCAUCAACAAGUAAUCAACCACUAAACACUGUUACUUUACAACGAAAAGUAUCAGAUAGAAAAUCAAAACGUGUACGUGCUAAACAAAAUGAUGUUACAGGUUUAACAUCGAGUACUGAAGUUUUGAAAAAAAAUGGUUCUGAUGAUGAAAUAUUAGUUGAUGAUGAUAAACGUCCUCAACAACAAUCACAUCAAAAAAAGAAACGUCGACCAAGUUUUAAAAAACGAAAAAAAGCUAUUUAUGAUCAAGCACAAACUGACUCAGGCAUUGAUUCUCGAAUGGAACAAAAAGAUACGAAUAAAGUUAUUAUUGCUCCCGAUCCAUCAUCAUUAUCAAAUGUUGUUAUAUCAAAUGAAGAUGACUCAAGUGUCGGUGAUUAUACAAAAGAUAGCAAAAAUACAUCCAUUGAAGAACUUGAAGAACGACCCACAGCUAAUUGGAUUCGUCGUCAAUUACAAUAUUUUGCUCAAGCUCGACGUGAUAAAAAUGAUUUAAAAACUCGUUCUCCUGCUGCAACAGUCACGUCUAUUUCUUCACCACCAUUGCCAUCAUUUAAAGCAACAAUGACUUCAACUCCUCCAAAUUCAAAUACAAUUUCAUCUCCACUAUCAUCUGUUGAAAAUUCUCAUCAUUCUCCACUACGUUUAUCAUUAAGUCGUUGUAUUCUAUCAAAGCAAUCAGGUGUACCGUUAUUUAUGGAAAAAUGUAUUCAAUUUAUUGAAGAAUAUGGAUUAGCUGUUGAAGGACUUUAUCGAGUAUCUGGAUUUAAAAAUCAAGUUGAAUUAGUUAUUAAUAAACUUACUGAAGAUCCAUCGUAUGAUCUUCGUUUAUUACACGUUCCAGCAAGUGCAGUAGCGACGGCAUUAAAAGAUAUGAUGAGAAAACUUGAUCAACCACUUUUAUCAUUAGAAUUAUUUGAUGAAUGUAAACAUUUAACAAUUGAUCAAUUACGUGAACAAAAUUUUGUCUCAUUGCGAAAAGCUUUGUCUCGUACAAGUGAACUUAAAUAUCGAACAAUCAAGUUUAUUUUUAAACACCUUCAUUUUGUUUCACAACAUGCUGCUUUGACUCAUAUGGAUUCAUCAAAUUUAGCUGUUCUAUGGUGGCCAAAUUUAUUUCAACCACAAUUUCGUGAUUUACGUACAGCUGAACAAACAUGUCAAAAAGCGAAACCAUUAAUUCAAGCAAUUAUUGACAAUUAUCCAAUAAUCUUCUCUUCGGAUGAAAUAAAAUGA